UUCACUCGUCACGUGAUCACGUCUCCUGGGGGACAAGAAGAAGCAAGUUUUUGCUGGCAGCAGGGAUUAAUUCAGCUGUUUUCACUUCAGUAUGGUUCAUUUUUGCGCUGUUUUCGGUUGUUCUAAUCGGUCAAAUCGAGAAACAGGUAAACGGUACUACCGUCUGCCUGCUAUCAAGAAAAAUGUCAACAAAGAGCUGCAAAUGCUUCAAGAACAACGAAGGAAUGAGUGGUUAAAGAGAAUAGGACGAGAAGAUCUGAACCUGAAAACCCCAGAGAAAUUCCCCAAUACCCGCAUCUGUAGUGAGCAUUUUAUUUCAGGUGAACCAGCUUCCUUAAUUGACACAGAAAACCCAGACUGGGCACCAAGCAAACAACUUGGACAUGAUUUAGGAAGAACACCCACCAAGGUGCGACGUGCACGAAAUAUCCUGAAAGAACAGAGAAGAUUAAGAGCAGAGAGCGCUGAAGCUUUGCUCCAGUUAUCAGAGAAACUCAGUCCUGUGCAAAAUGUCCACAUGGCACCAGCGUGGAGGAAUAAACCUGCAGUUCGAGAGAGUUCUACACAAACAGACUUAACUUUACAACACCUGUAUGCAUGGGAAAUGGAAAUGAACCGACUAAGGCAGGAAAAUAGUGAACUAAAGCAAAAGCUGAAAGAUAUUUUACUGGAUAAGGAUUCCUUCAAAGAAGAAAAGAUAUAGAUUGUUUUAUAUGGAGAUACAGUACGUAGAGUUAAAAUAAUUAUAUUUUUACAAAUUUAGGCAAAAAUGGCUGUAUCUGGGAUCGAAUCUAGGAAUAGUCUCAAUUGCAAGUAAUCCUUUAGACAACAAAAGCUUUCUAGGUAUGUUUAGUUUGCUUUAAAAACUAUUAGGAUACAUUUAUUAGUGUCAUAAUUGUUUGCUAGAUUAAAGGAAGAGUAAUUUUUUUUUUUUUUAAAGAUGAAAUUUACAUCUAUGUAAUGCUGUAGUACGACCGGACCUUUUCAGUCUGUGUGUACAACA